UCCGUGUGCAGGACCACCUCCCCGCAACGGUCAGGGCCGAGCAGCUGCCCGAGGAGCAGGUGCCCGAGUUCAAGGAGGCCUUCUCCCCGUUUGAUGAGGACGGGGACGGCGCCAUCAGCAUGCGGGAGCUGGGUACUGUCCUGUGGUCGCCGGGCCAGAACCCCACUGAGGCCGAGCUCCGGGACCUGGUGGGCGAGCCGGACCUCGACGGCAGCAGCACCGUGGGCUUCCCCGAGUUCCUGGGCCUAAUGACCCGGAAGGUGAAGGGCAGGGACGCCGAGGACCAGAUCCGGGAGGCCUUCUGUGUCUUCGACAAGGACGGCUACAGCCUGAUGGGCGCGGCCGAGCUGCGGCACGUGAUGACCCGGCUGAGCGAGAAGCCGAGCGACCAGGAAGUGGAUGAGAUGAUCCGGGCGGCAGACGGCGCGAGCUGGUGCACUACAAGGAGUUCGUGCGCUUGCUGGUCUCCAAGGGAGGCCGCAGCCCCCCACCCCACCCCCACCCAGGGUGUCCAGGCUCCGCGCGCACGGCCCCUCUGGGCACUGCUCCUUCUUCGCUGAUUGACCUGAUCCGGCUGUCUGUCCCCCUUUCCUCUCCUCGUUCCUGCCUACCUCCCCACCUUCUCCUUGCCCAGGGUGACACAGGCCACUCCCAAGCCCAGCAAACCCCAAAUG